GCGCGGUGGUGAGCGACCCUGCGUGAACCUGUCCGUUACUUUGCUUUCUCGUUGCUGAUUUGAAGGUGAGGCCAGGAGCAGCCAAGUCCCUCCUCUCACGGGAACAAAGCUGCUCGGGACUUCCUGUAAAUUUGCCACAACUUUGCUGGACGAUCUUCCUGCUUCUGGAAGCUGAACGUCAAAGGAUCGGCCAGUAUGACAACGCUCCUUCGCAGACUAGCGGGGCCGAGGAGCUCGUCGUGGCGGUGCCUGGGUGCUGCUCUCCGGGGAGCGCACGGUUCGGCCUCCCACCUGAUUCACCGGGGCGGAGCGCGAGUGCUGGCCGGUGGCGGUCGCCCCUUGGCGGGCCGCAGGCAGCACACAGCGGCGGCAGAUCCUUUGGAGGUGGAUUUAAAGCGGUUAGAAGGGGGAGACGACGGAAUAGUGGAGGUGCUGAUGUGCCAGCACAAGGCAAGAAACGCUCUGGGCCAUGUGUUUGUGUCACAGAUGAGGGAGCUGGUGUCCACUCUGUCCAGUGACUCAUCAGUGCGUGUGGUUGUCUUCAGGAGUUUAGUACCGAAGGUUUUCUGUGCAGGUGCAGACCUGAAAGAGAGAGCUUUGAUGAACAACACUGAGUCCGAUCUGUUUGUUCACGGCCUGCGUUCGCUCAUGACUCAGAUAGCAUCGUUGCCCGUGCCAACCAUCGCAGCCAUGGAUGGCGUUGCCCUGGGAGGUGGACUGGAGCUAGCCUUGGCCUGUGACCUCCGCACUGCUGCGACUUCGGCACAGAUGGGUCUGAUUGAGACGACACGGGGGCUGCUCCCAGGGGCGGGGGGCAGUCAGCGGCUGCCGAGGAUGGUCGGCAUCACUCUGGCCAAAGAGCUCAUCUUCACAGGUAGGCGUGUGGGAGGGCAGACAGCUCUGGAGAUGGGGCUCGUAAACAGAGCGGUCGAACAGAACCAAACAGGGGACGCUGCCUACAGAGAGGCACUCAGCCUGGCCAGAGAGAUACUGCCCCAGGCUCCUAUCGCUGUGCGGAUGGCGAAAGAAGCAAUGAACAGAGGCGUCGAGGUGGACAUCACUUCAGCAAUGGCCAUAGAGAGGAUGUGCUAUGCUCGGGUCAUCCCCACGCGGGACAGACAAGAGGGUAUGGCUGCCUUCAUAGAGAAGAGACCUCCGCGGUACACUGGGGAAUAGACUCUUCCGAGUUAUUGAAUUUCUCUCUCACACAGACGUGCACAUACAUAUGCCCACCGCUCUCUUAUGACCUCAUGUCUGAUAGACAAUUAACACCCAUUGAUUGUCUGUGUGCAUCUGAGGCAGUGUCAGUGUAUUAGUUAAGGUCAGCUUGAGUAGUGACAUUCAGGCUUAGACUGACAAGAGAUGAUUUUUGAUUUUCUUACAAAUCACAACACUGUAAUAUGACAAUAAAGAUUUUUCUAUUA